AGAGAGGAGGAUGCUCAGGGAGGAGGAGGUGGAGGGAGAGGUGGGGAAAUGCAUGUAGCCGGCUACAUGUGGAGCUUCAGAGACUGAAGGAGAGAGCAGCCUCUGGAGAGAAGAGGAGGAGGACUGGGAAGCUGGCACCAAGUGCCCCCCCAAGAACGGCGUUACCAUGGGCAAGGGGGGCCAGAACGGAGAGGGGUGCAGUUCUGGCUGCGUCAAGUCGGAUCCUCGCUACAGUUGGGAAGAAAUCCAGAAACACAACACGAGGACUGAUAAGUGGCUGGUGAUAGACCGCAAAGUCUACAACAUCAGUGCCUGGGUGAAGAGGCACCCCGGGGGGCUGAGAGUUAUCAGCCACUACGCUGGUGAAGAUGCCUCGGAAGCUUUCCAUGCAUUUCAUCCAGAUCUGAAUUUUGUGAGGAAAUUUCUUAAGCCGCUGUAUAUUGGUGAACUGGACGAGAAUGAGCCCAGCCAGGACCGUGGAAAAAAUAUGGAGCAAGUGGAAGACUUUCAGAAAUUACGCAAAACAGCAGAAGACAUGGGACUUUUCAAAGGCAGUGUGCUGUUCUUCGGUCUCUACCUAUCACACAUCCUGGUCCUAGAGGUUCUCGCCUGGGCUACCCUCUACUACCUUGGCACUGGAUGGAUACCAACCCUAAUCACCAUUCUGUUCCUCUCAAUUUCUCAGGCCCAGGCUGGUUGGCUGCAACAUGACUUUGGACACUUAUCUGUCUUCAAGACGUCAAAAUGGAAUCAUAUCGGCCAUAAAUUCGUCAUUGGCCAUCUGAAGGGAGCUUCAGCCAACUGGUGGAACCAUCGGCAUUUUCAGCACCAUGCCAAACCUAACAUAUUCAGCAAGGAUCCAGAUGUCAACAUGGUCCACAUUUUUGUGUUGGGUGACACCCAGCCUGUGGAGUAUGGGAAGAAGAAGUUAAAGUACCUGCCGUAUAAUCACCAACAUCACUAUUUUUUCUUGAUUGGUCCCCCACUUCUGAUCCCAGUGUAUUUCACAGUCCAAAUUAUGAAGACUAUGAUAACCCGCAAGGAUUGGGUGGAUCUGGCUUGGUCUCUGUCUUACUAUACUCGUUUUUUCUUCACAUUUGUUCCUUACUUUGGAGUUUUAGGAUCUAUUGCCCUGCUCUCCACAGUCAGGUUUAUUGAAUCGCACUGGUUUGUGUGGGUCACGCAGAUGAAUCAUAUCCCCAUGGAGAUUGACCAUGAAAAAUACAGAGACUGGCUGGGAAGUCAGUUGGCAGCAACAUGCAAUAUAGAACAAUCCUUCUUCAAUGACUGGUUCAGUGGACAUCUCAACUUUCAGAUUGAACAUCAUCUAUUCCCUACUAUGCCUCGUCACAACUACUACAAGAUUGCUCCCUUUGUACGCUCUUUGUGUAAAAAGUAUGAAGUACUCUAUGAAGAAAAACCCAUAUGGAAAGCCUUCACCGACAUUAUUGGAUCUCUGAGGAAGUCAGGGGACCUGUGGUUAGAUGCCUACCUCCACAAGUGACGCAACUCUGGAAUAACCCUGCACAGGAGGACCUCUGAACUCUAAAAUAGCACAAUUCACAUCUAUACUUGUUAUCUGUAAGUUUGUAACAAACUGCCUCAAAAGUAAGGUCAGGGAGCUUUCUGUGUGUCUAUGACACUCCCAAUGCCAGGAAGACUUGUAGUACUUUGCAAUGCAGUGGGUUUGUAAGUCUUCCUGGCACUGAUGGAAUACAUAAAUGAUUCUGUAGUACAUCUCAGCCUUAAACAUAAAAGACUCUUAAUGUAACACCUGAUGAUAUACCCAAACCAAGGGCAAUAUGCUUCCCCCUAUCAGUUCCUGUUUUUGCUACACAGCCGAAUGCAUCAAGGCUUUGUAAAUAAAUCACUUGUUAAUCUGCUGAACCUUUUCAGUCCCAGAAUGCUGUACAAAGAGAAUGUGGGAUCUAUUUUUUAAAUAAAAAAAAGUUAAAGAAAGAGAAACAGGAAAAGAAAUAAAAGGCGGAUUAAAAGAAUGUGUAAUUGAUUAAAUGAAUGUGAAAUGAAAGCCGUAAAAUGUAAAUGCGCUUUUCAAAAGAGAUGUGACAACUGCCAAUUAAAGAUGAGUUACUUCAAGUGAGCAUUAACAAAGAGGAGUGACAGUAGGUGGAUGUCAAUAAAGACGUAUGAUGGAAUUUUGAUGGAGAUGAUUGACUGCUGGUGGGUGUUGACUAUAAUAAAUGACAUCUGAUGGGUCUAAGGGCUAGGAAAUCAAAAUGUAAGUGGAAAAGCAUUAAUGUGAACAAAUGUAGAGUCUCAAUUUCCCCCCAAUGUGACUAUAUAUGUGAGAUCUCUUCACAUUAGAACCCAUGUCUGCUUCCUUCUGCCUUGGUCUUGAUCACACAUUCUCAAAUAGGGUUCCAUUCUCCCUUGGUCUUGAUCACCCAUUCUCAAAUAGGGUUCCAUUCUCCCUUGGUCUUGAUCACCCAUUCUCAAAUGGGGUUCCAUUCUCCCUUGGUCUUGAUCACCCAUUCUCAAAUAGGGUUCCAUUCUCCCUUGGUCUUGAUCACCCAUUCUCAAAUAGGGUUCCAUUCUCCCUUGGUCUUGAUCACCUAUUCUCAAAUAGGGUUCCAUUCUGCCUUGGUCUUGAUCACCCAUUCUCAAAUAGGGUUCCAUUCUGCCUUGGUCUUGAUCACCCAUUCUCAAAUAGGGUUCCAUUCUGCCUUGGUCUUGAUCACCUAUUCUCAAAAAGGGUUCCAUUCUCCCUUGGUCUUGAUCACCCAUUCUCAAAUGGGGUUCCAUUCUCCCUUGGUCUUGAUCACCCAUUCUCAAAUAGGGUUCCAUUCUCCCUUGGUCUUGAUCACCCAUUCUCAAAUAGGGUUCCAUUCUCCCUUGGUCUUGAUCACCUAUUCUCAAAUAGGGUUUCAUUCUCCCUUGGUCUUGAUCACCCAUUCUCAAAUAGGGUUCCAUUCUGCCUUGGUCUUGAUCACCCAU